AUGAAGUCUCUUCGCUGCGUAUGCAACGCCUCUGCUGCCCGAUUAUUUGUUCAAGUUGCGAUUCGCCGCUACUUGGCAAUAGCUGCGCCGUCAGCUGCUCCUCUAGAUUUUCUGAUGCCGCGUGUUGCAGCUUCAUGUUCGCGAGAUGAGGAUGGCAAGGAGAUGAUGCUCGACAUUACCCCCCGUGCUGCAAAGCGACUGUCAGAAAUUAUGAGCAAAGACAAGAACCCGAACCUGGCUCUCCGCAUUCAAGUCGAGAGCGGCGGCUGCCACGGAUUCCAAUACCUCAUGAGCCUCAUCACUAUCCCCCCCAAGGACUCGGCUGAGUGGUCGACUGUCGUCAACGAGGAUGACACUAUCUUCCAAUACUCGCAUGACGACGUUGAUCCAAAUUUACCAUCUCAUGCUUGUGCGAGGAUAAUACUGGAUGAGCCGUCUCUGGACCUCCUCAAGGGAAGCAAAGUAGACUUUACCAUGGAGUUGAUUGGGUCACAAUUCAAGAUCACCGACAAUCCUCACGCCACCAGCAGCUGCGGAUGCGGUACGAGCUUCGACAUCAAGAUGUAG